AGCCCGACGGCGAGCCAGCCGUCCAGUCCAACGGACGAGAUUUCCGUGCGCCGAAUCUCCUCGUUUAUGCUGCUGGAGACACGCGAACUGCCCACGGCGCCUUUGGCGCAUACGGCGCCCACCCCAUGGCGCAGCAACGACCCGGUGUCGAAGCGCACCUGGUUCGAGUACUCGAUCAGAGUGGGGGCGCAGCUCUAUCAGCUCAAUAUCGGCCAUCGGAAUCGCACAUUCAGCGCCGAAGACCUGAUGGGCUUCAACAACACGGGCAACAUCUGCAUUUGGCCGUCGGAGGAGACGCUCAGCUACUACGCAUGCGGCAAUCUGGCGCUGUUCAGUGGCAAGCGAGUGCUGGAACUGGGCGGCGGCAUGUCCUGUUUGGCGGCGCUGUUUGUCGCCAAGUACGCAGGCGCGCAGCGCGUGCUUGCCACCGAUGGCAACAAGGCGUCGGUGGAGAAUGUGCAGGCGAUACUGCGCUGCAACGCGUUCGCCUGCCGCACCGACUGCGCAGUGCUGCGGUGGGGCGAUGCUGCGCAGGACAGUCGCGGCCAGUUCGAUGUGAUCGUGUCCGCCGAUUGUUUGUUCUUCGAUGAUGCGCGCACGGAUCUCGUCAACUGUCUGCGCAGCCGGCUGGCGCCCGGCGGGCUGGCGCUGGUGAUGGCGCCCCGGCGCGGCKCCACCUUGGACAGCUUCGUCGGCCAGUCGGAGGCGGCGGGGCUGCGUUGCCGCACUGUGCCCAAUUACAGCGACGUCGUCUGGGAGAARCGGCUCGCCCUCAUGGCCAACGCCGACUACAACGACAACAUCCACUACCCCAUUCUGAUUGAAGUGACCAAACCUGAGCGCUGAGUUCUGCGCUGGCGCGGCGCAGCCGCUGUGCGCCGGCGCUCGCCACUCCCCUUAGCCAUUUGUCUAUGUAUUCUAGUCUGAUUGACCUUAUCUGUGAUACGAAAUACCAAUUUUCCUUGUCGAUUAUUCUAGCGUUAGUCAGUUAGGGGUUAGUGUCCUUUUCGCCUGGAUUUGGUGGGUUUCUGGCCGCCCCCAGUGUGAGAUUCGAUGGAAAAUGCGUGAAAUUCGAAGGAAAAGUUGAGCCGUGUAGUAGUGGUGCAGCCAAUAAAGUGUCGUCUCGGUAAAUGUGGGCGAUGUUUUAUUUAUGAAAACAUGUGUUUGCACGACACGCGCGCGGCGGUGAUUGAUUGGGCGGCACCUUUGUUGUUUGUGCGUUUUUUUUUUUUUUUUUGGUGCUCGAAGUUCAAGUUUUGCCACCGCAGACUGCGUGGUUAAAGAUUUGUUCAGCGGCUUGGCAUCGUCGCUUUUUCUAGAUUUGAAGCUUUUGAAGUAUUUGAAGUUUGAACUACCGAUGAUGAGGAGCGGCCAAUUGUAGCCCCCUUGGAAUACAUUGUUGCCAGAUUUCAGCUGAUUGGAGGCGWUAUUAUAGAAARAGAGAGACAGAAAAUGAGAAAGAUGUUAUUAUAUAUUUACYGAGUUAUUUAAGAUAUCGAUWAAAUAAAUUAUUUCCGAUUCAAAAUGUCCACCAAAAAUCAGUUUARGAUUUCUAAUGUUGAAAGAAU